UCCAAAAGGAGUCAUCAAUGACUGGAGGAGAUUUAAGUUGGAAAGUAUGGACCAGGAAAACCUGCCUCCUGCAAAAAGGGAACUGCUGAGACAAAUGUCAUCCCCGGGCAAGCCAAAGGAUGACUCCAGAGGAAACCUUAACCGCAAGAUGAGUGUUCAAGAGUAUGAACUGCUCAAGGAGGAAGAUGAGGGAUGUCUAAAGAAAUACAGAAAACGGUGCAUGCAGGAGAUGCAUGAUAAACUCAGCUUUGGGCCCAAGUUUGAAGGUGUGCAUGACCUGGACAGUGGAGAAGCCUUCCUAGAAGUCAUAGAGAAGGAGCAUUACAGCACAGUGGUGGUUGUCCACAUUUACAAUGUUGGGGUCAAAGGUUGUGAGGAGCUCAACAACUGCCUUGACUGCCUGGCCACUGAGUACCCCACGGUAAAGUUCUGCAGGAUUGAUGCUGUCGCAUCCGGUGCUGCAGAGCGGUUCUCGGAUGAGGUUUUGCCUACAUUGCUGGUGUACAAGGCUGGAGAACUACUCGGGAACUUCCUGGCCUGCACGCAGCACCUAAAUGAGGAGUUCUUCGCCACUGAUGUGGAGGCCUUCCUCAACAGCUAUGGCCUGCUGCCAGAGAAAGAGCUGCCUGGUAUGGAAGAUGAAGAAGAAAAUGAUGUAGAGUAAAGAAAGAGUUUGGCUGUGGAGGAAAAAGGAAGCUGGAUAGAGAUGAAAGACAAUUAAUGACAAGUUAUUCUUUUUGGCUACAGCAAAUAGAAAAACCCUACCAUCUCCACUAGCUCACUAGUGUUUGAGGAUUGUUCUCUAAAGGAGAAAUUUUACAUCCAGUUGGUGAAAAAACCUUGAUGUUCCAGAUAUGGGUGCUCUCAUAUAUGGGCCGGGGUUACAGUAAGGUGAGGAGCAUUUAUUUAUUUAUAAAAAUAUAUCACAAAUCCCCACCACCACGAAAGCCAAAACCUGCUGAUGUAAUUUUAAAUAAUUCCAAUGUAUUAUUUUGUAAUGAUAGAAACUAUUAUAUACUGUAUGUACUUUUUUGUAGCAUUUUAUUAGGUUGAUCUGUACAAGUUAUUUAUAAAUCCAGGGUUCGUACGUAAGUGACAUCUUCAAAUGUGAUACAAUAUUUAAACACAUAUACACUUAGGUUGUUGUUUUUUUUGCCAAAAUGAAAAAAAAAACUUUAAAGAGCUAAACAGAACAGAAACUCUUAAGACUCAAGAGGCCAAAGCACUCUGGAUGUAAAAACUUGUGUAAACAUGUCUUCCAUCUGUCAGUAAGCCAAUGUGGUGGGAGGUGCAUAUUGCGUCUGGAAAAAAACAUCCAUGAGACUUUGGUAUUUUAAUGGUAUUACCAUCAGUGAAACGUCAUCCCUGAGGAGUACGUCCAUUUCUUAGUCUUAUAUUGUGAAAGUCUGGGAGAAAGUCAUGGAAAUAUGCAUAAAGUAAACUAACGGUUCUCUUAGUGUGAUAUGAAUCAACCAACAAUUCCUCAACGGUGAUCAGUAUCAUCUUCAUCAUAUGU